UCCAAUUGCAAUUACAUCUGUCACAAAACUAGCCAUUCCCAUAAAAAUAAAAAAGUUCAAUAUUUUGUUGUUUUUCUUGCCCAAUUUCCUAUUUUUACAACACAAAAAAUAUAGCAAACAAAAAUAAAAACAAAGUAUCUUCCAAAUCAAGCAAACAUGAGUGGUGUCCACCGAGAAGCUAUCCAAAAACAAAUCCAUCAAGACUGGGCCAAUCGGGAGUACAUCGAAGUUAUAACCGCCAGCAUAAAACGAAUCACUGACUUCCUAAAUUCCUUUGACAUGUCUUGUCGAUCUAGACUGGCAGUCCUGAACGAGAAACUAACAACUCUCGAGCGCCGUAUUGAUUACCUGGAAGCCUGCGUUACUCAAGGCGAAACCCUCACAUAAAACACAAGAAGAACAAACUCUAAAAAACAGAAGAAGAGACAGGAAACAGGGAAAUCCAAACCCAACCACAGAAACACACAAAACGAAGGAAGCAAAGGCGAACAACAAUUUCUACUUUUCUUGUUUUUUUUGUUUUUGUUUUAUUUUAUAAGACAGCGAGAGACUAUUUUAUUUUAAAUACUUUUUAUUCCAAGGAAAACAAAAUGUGUUUUGCUUUUGUUCUAUUCUGUUUUUGUAACUUUCGUUCUUAACAAAGUUUCAAAUAAUGAUUUCAUGUGUGAAAGCCAAUUCAACAUUUUGUCCUUUCUUUCAUAUUUCUUCUUUUUUUUGUUUGUUUUGUUUUCUGUUUUUGCUUUUUAAGAAAAAGGAAUUCACAUUAUGCAUUAGUUUAUAUUUUUAAUAAAAUUUUAAAAGAGUAGCAUUAUGCAUUUCUA